AUGCUCAGUGCCGCUCGUCGUGUGCUGAGCGGGGCAGCCAGGCUUACUCCGAAGCCGCAAAGUUGGCAGCCAGCAGUGCCCGCCACUGCAGGAUGCCAGCUCGAAGCCAGGCGUGGCUAUCGCCACUGGUGGCGUGUGCUACCCGAAGAUUUCGAGUUGAACUCAGAGUCAAUGCCGAAGGAUGUGAAAUCACUUAUGGCCAGCAACCCCUACAACCUUGGCUUCAUUGAUGCAUACUGGUACUGGCGAAUUCGUGCUGAAAGUACCAUGAUGGAUCCUGAGAACUUGCCAAAGAAGUCCUACAAGCAGCUCUGCCGUGACAUGGGCCUCACCAUCGUAAACGAGCAGGCUGAGAAUCUGCUUGGCAUCAUCGAGCUGUACGAGUACCUCAAGUCAUCCCCAUUCAUCGGUCCGUUUGGCACAAUUGAAAACCCAGUGCUUGUUCCUGCCAUCCACACAGAGAGAAUCGUCGGCUGCACCGGUGGCACUGGCGACAACGAACAUGUGCCCUUGUGGUUCCGCUGCCGGGAAGGCUUCCUCUAUCGAUGCGGCGAGUGUGAUCAAAUCUUCAUGUUGGUGAGAGUGCUGUACGAGCUGCCAGAAGAGGGUGUUGAGAUAAACCCCAUCGAUCCGGAUGUGAAGGAUGUCUUUGACUUUGCUCUUCUGGAGAAGGGCAACGAGGUUUGGAACACUGGUGGCAUGAUCAACUGGCCAACCGGCUACGACGCCUUGCAUGGCACGGUGUAUGGCGGAAUGGCCCGAGAUGAAGAUCAGCGUGCCAUUGGGGAGUGA